AUGACUAGUGCAUGAUAUACGAGAGUGUCGAACAGACGAUACCUGACAAUACGUCUCUCUUAUAUUCGUUGUCGUUUAGCCCUCGGACCAACGUGUCGGCACUCAAGGCAUGGAUCUAAGUCACUCCUAAGUCACAGCAGCGCAAAGACGUUUAUGCUUGUUAUGUUAUUUAGGCUUUGCUCUUCUAUAUUUGGAAUCAGCAGAUCGGGUAAAGAGAUUUAUUUUUUCUUUUGCAAGAGCAGACAAUUCAGACUGUUGGAGUUUCCGUGCAUUUGCAUGCUGUUUAACCAAUAAGACAGUACAACAUUGUUGAGAGGAUGGACAAUAAUGGCUUCUGUGACGACCAAGGUCGAUUGGUUCAUGGAAACGUUCAGACUCCAGACCAUGAAAAAGAUACCAAAAGUUUGACAGAGCAAACUCUGCAGAACGGAACCAAGUUGCCUCCUCAAGAUGUGGAGGCCACGCCAAAAGAGGAGGACCCAUGGAAGGUCACAAGUAUAAGUCAGGACUAUACGCCAUGGAGUGCUUUAAACCGGAAACAGAAAGUCUUCCGAUUUGUCAGCUCCUGCGUGAAGAUACUCUUAGUUUUUGGUUGUCUGUACAUGUUCAUCUGUUCCCUGGACUUUUUGAGUUCCGCCUUCAGACUACUGGGAGGUGAAGCCGCUGGGAGAGUAUUUCAGCAGAGUGACAUUCUGACCAACCCGAUAACUGGACUUAUGAUCGGUGUCCUGGUCACCGUCCUGGUUCAAAGCUCUUCUACGUCCACCAGUAUAGUGGUCAGCAUGGUUGGGUCUGGAAUCAUGAAAAUCCGGACGGCCAUCCCCAUCGUCAUGGGGGCCAACGUGGGCACCUCAGUGACCAACACCAUAGUAGCCAUCGGUCAGAUAACGGACAAGGCAGAGUUUCGCAGAGCGUUCGCUGGCGCUACCGUCCACGACAUGUUCAACUGGCUAACUGUUUUGGUCUUACUUCCAGUGGAGAUCGCCACAGGUUAUCUGUAUUAUCUAACUGAGGCCAUUGUUGACUCUCUUCCUUUGGUAUCCGACCAAGGGGCAGACAAAGAUAUUCUGAAGGUCAUCACUGAGCCAUUUACAGAACGUAUCAUUCAGGUCAAUAAGAACGCCAUUACAAACAUCGCCAGCGGGAAGGAACUGGACUUCAACUAUGACCGCACCAUUAUGAAAGUGUGUUGUGACAAGAAGACACCGAGACAGUGCUGUGAGGGUGUCAAGAAGAACUCAAAGAUGUAUACAUCCGAAGGCACUUUCUACUCCACCACCCAAAAAAGAGAGUUCUGCAAAGAGUUGAGACAGUGCCAGGGUCUUAAAGUAGCAGAUGUCUCUCUAUGUGAACAGACGUUCGAAAGAACCAAAGACUUCUUCAACUGUGACACUAUACAAGGCAGCACGGCAGAGGUUACAUGCUGUCGAAACCUUCUUAAUUCGAACUCAUCAAGACAAGAUUUCUGCGACUCUGUUAAGUCGUGCUUCAACUCCAGCACAGCCAGUCAUUUUAACGUGUCCGCCUGUCUGUCCGGCUGGGAGAACCACACCAAGGCCGUUGAUGGGGAGAACUUCUCUUGCGUUAGGUACACACGUGACAUAGCCAAGGUGACCUGCGUCCAGGAAUGUAAUUUUCUUUUCAAGGGACUCUAUCCAUCAUUAGACGAUAAAGCUAUCGGUGCCAUUCUGCUGGUUAUUUCCCUUUUAAUACUCUGCGCUUGCCUAGUAUGCAUCGUGAAACUCCUCCACUCGCUGUUACAGGGCCCCAUGGCUAUGCUGGUCAAGAAGUUCAUCAACGCAGACUUUCCAGGGCCCUUGGCUUACUUCACUGGCUACCUCGCCAUCAUUAUAGGAGCCGGGCUGACCAUCGUGGUCCAGAGUUCGUCCAUAUUCACCUCAACACUCACCCCUCUUGUGGGCAUUGGCGUCAUCGAGCUGGACCGGAUGUAUCCACUGACUCUGGGCUCAAACAUUGGCACCACCACUACGGCCAUCCUCUCCGCCCUGGCCAACACUUCCGGACUGAGGAACGCUCUCCAGAUCGCUUUUUGUCACCUGUUCUUCAACAUCACCGGCAUCGUCCUUUUCUAUCCCAUCCCGUUCCUCAGGUUCCCUAUCCCUUUAGCCAAGUUCCUUGGGAACUGUACCGCCAAGUACCGGUGGUUCGCUAUCGUCUACAUCCUAGCCAUGUUCUUUCUCUUUCCGGCACUGAUCUUUGCCCUCUCUAUUCCUGGCUGGUACGUCCUUGUCGGAGUGAUGGGGCCCUUUGUGAUCAUCCUCAUAGCGGUCUGCGUCGUCAAAGUCAUCCAAGCCAAGAGGCCCGCCUGUCUGCCGCCUAAGUUUAGAAACUGGAAAUUUCUUCCUCUGCCCUUGCGGUCGCUGGAACCAUACGACAAGGCAAUGCAGAAACUUUUCUUUUGCAAGAGGUUUCAGGCAGAAGUCAAAGAAGAAAAGGUGGUGCAGAACAACAAUUGCAACAGCGCGGCACCAGCCAGCGAGUCGCUUGCCGUUUCUACAUAUCUCUGAAGAAGCACCCAGCAAGCCAAUAAAGAAUUGCACCAAGUUUACUAGAUCUAUGUGUCGUUAGGUAGGAAACGUAGCCAGGUGUGAGGCUAGCUCGUGUCCAGAUCAUCCCUAUUGUGCGGAAAUAAUAUUCCACGGUGACCCCGUUUAGCAGAGAAGUGUGAAUGGGACUAAGAAAAGAAUAAUAGCUUCAUUUUUAAUACCAUAUCUAAUUCAGCAUCGCCUCUGUUCACUUCCAACACUCGCCUCCUAAGAGGUACGCCGAUGUAAAAAGAGACCUCAAUACCUCAACACUGUUGCAGCUCUUACGUAGUAGCCCAGUGUUUUGUUCUACAGACAUUCCUAAGACAUCAACAUCUUUUAUUGACGUGACAUCCAUACCUUUGCUCCAAGGAGCUCAGGAGAGAGCUGAUGGCAACUGGAAGCCCAUGUAAGUGCUAAUAAGACAAAUAAAUCCAACGCCAUCAGUCAAAGAAAUUGGUCAAAUGUAUAUUGAGGUGAAGCCAUAGAAAUAUACCAAAUGGUCACAUCAUACAAUUGUCUUCAUUAAUCUUCAUUAUUUAUAUAUCAAUCCAACAAUCUGUAUUAAUAUUAUUAUUAUUAUGUUAGAAACGAAUGAGUAUUCAUCCUCUGGCGCUGCCAGGGUCGAGUUUCGUUAAAGAGAAACAAAAAUCAUCGUAGUCCCUUUAUCAGUGUCCACUGAGGAAUUUCCUGGUGAUGUGGCAGGUCUGCAGCAGUAUCGCCCUCUGACAGGCAAAGAGAAUGUUUCUAGGAAUGUUAAGGGUCUUGAGGGUAACUGUGAGGUCAGUUGUUAUUAGCCCCUCGGUUGAUAUAACAAUGGGGUAUUUUGUUAUUUUAGAUAACCUCCAUCAACAUUUAAUUUCCAAGCCUAGGUUACCAUAUUUUUUUCCAUUUCCGUUUUUUCUUAUAUUAUGAGACAGUGUACGGUGAUGUCAAUAAUGGUAGCGGUUUUGUCUUUUUUAUCAAUAAACAACAGAUUAGGGCGGUUAAAAUCUACCAUUUUGUCAGUCAAAAUUACUAUCCGAGUAUAAUAGAUGAUCAGUAGACUCGAAAAUCACUUGUGGCGAGUAUUUGUAAUAAGGAGUAUCCUUAUUGACCAUUAUUAUUACUAUUAUUAAAUGUUGUUAUUAUUAUUAUUUUUAUCAUGAAAUACUAUUCACUCUGGUACUACAAGGGCUGAGCUUUGUUAGAGAGAAUACUUUGUUAUGCUGGAAAUGAAAUGUCCGAGAAUGGAAGAAGACCAUUAAUUCUUAAAAAAUGACAUUUGCUAAUAAAGCAGAUGAGAUUGAGUGUGAUUACAUAUAUUAAUGGGUCAGUAUGAGGCAUUUUUUAUUUGAGACAAAAAAAAAAUGGGUCAGUAUGAGGCAUUUUUUAUUUGAGACAAAAAAAAAUGUUUUUUUUUUUGUUUUUUUUAAUUACUUUAAUUUCUCAGAGUAUUUUGUGUUUUCGCCAUUUUUAAUAACACGUUAAAGUUCAUUAUUUGAAAAAGUGUUAGUUCAAACUCCAUGAAAUUUUGAACAAAUAAGCCUCAAUAUAUUAGCAACAGGAUGAUAUUAGGACUUUUACUUCCUAGAAUAUUUACUUUUAUUGGAGGUUUUUUUAUUUUUUUCAUUUCCGACAAAAAAUUUUAGUACCUAUUUCAUUAAAAAAAUAGUCACACAUAGUUUAUUUUAAUUCAGCCAAUGCAAAAGCUGUAUUUCUAAAAUUUCAGCAAACUUUCUUUUCAAAAUACUUAGUUUUAAAAAAGUUAAAACUUUUUUGCAAGUACUUUAUUUUAGCCUUGCGGCUGUCAUUUUGAUGCUUAAUUUGCAUUAUUUUUUUUUCUGUUUUUGAUGUCAUUAAACAUACAAUAAACAGACACAAUCAAAAACAUGUCCAGAAAAAGCUUUUUCUAGAUUUUGUUUUUUUUACGUCAGAUUCACCUUAACAGUGUCUACUGAGGAAUGUUCUUGUGAUCUGGCAGACAGCGUCUAGUUUUUUUAGAAUAGAGAGCCUCACUAUGUACUUAUAAUGUAUUUAGAGCGUUAUGGAGUAAACUCUUUUAAGGAGAUUUGAGGUUGGUGAAAUGGAUUUCUGUGAGAUGGUUUCUGUGCAGCAUUUGGACCAAACAAACAGUUCGUAAUUCCUAGUCUCCAUUAGGGCUCAAUCUCGGACCACCUUAGGUAUCAAAGCUGACUAUUGCACUCAGCAUACACCUCAUUAGAUUGCCCUAAAAUUAACUUCUUCAAUUUCAUUCCAUUAUUGCUUUCUUAAACAUUGAAUAAUGUAUGUUGAAUUACCAAUUAAAACACAUUAUUAAAACACAAUUGUUAUUCCCAAGACACAAUUCACUUAAGAAAGAGAAGCCUAAUACAGGAUAGUAUAAGACAUUCGACAAUGUUUAGAUGUCAUAAUGACUUAAAACCUUAUGCAUGUGGCAUUAGCUGUGGCUUUCUUCCUGACGUCUGCACGGAACUUUAAACAAAAAUUCAAUUAGUCUUUGUUGUACAUAAAACACCAAAAGACAUGACCUACUAAAGUUAACUCUUUCUUUAUCUCUCUUCUCCUUUGGGAUCAUGUGGUCACUAUGACUGGUGAGGUCAGUGUGAUCUGUGGCUCAUAUAGGCAGUAUGAUUAAUGUGACUCAUUUGAUCAGUGUUAUUCCUGUGGUCAGUGUGGCUCAUUUGGUCAGUGCGAUACAUGUGGUUAUUGUGGCUCGUUUGGUCACUGUGAUUACUGUGAUCACUUUUGUUCAUGUGGUCAGUUCGAUACACAUGUUAUUGUUAAUCAUGUUCCCUGUGUAAUGUCGAUGUGUAUAAUGAGAUUCAUGUGGUUGAGGCCAUUAAUGUGACUCAGCGGUCUGUGUUAUCGAUAUGGUGGUGUGGCUAAAAUGGUUUGUGUGAUCAAUGUGAUCACCACUGCCCCUGUCGCUAAAUUGGUCUAAAUAAUCAAAAAGUGUUCGGUAUGAUUAAUUUUGCAAAUAGUGUUCACGUGAUUAUCCAUGUGAUCGCUUGGGAUGAUCAUCUGAUCUGGUCUCUCAUGUCACCGUAGUCAUUGCAGUUCAUUGUGAUACUUGUAUUUACCAUUAUUGCAAUAUUAUUGUGUCAUUUUGUUUUCUUCAACAAUUAAUUAGAUUUGAUUGAAAACGACAAACUGUGUCUGUGUUAACUUUAUCCAAAGUUUUCUUUUCUCCUGCAUGUGUUAAUGUUUACUUUCUUACUACAUCUAAUAGUCUUUAGUCUUUGGUUACAACGUCGUGAUGUUAAUUUGUCUUCCUGGGCGUGUCAUGGAGAGGCGCGAGUAGAUUAAUGUGUUUCUAUAAUUUAAAAAAAAUAGAUUUUAAGAUACCAUUAUUUUGCGUGCAACUUGAUUCAAGAAUGUGUGAGGGAGAAAUAACGUGUCCAAACAUUUGACCAGAGAGACUGAUGGACAAAGUGAGUUGGUGUGAGCUUUUAAAAAGCUAUUUAUUUGAUUGUCUGAAAUAAACUAUAAAUAGCAAACGUUUGGAUGUAUACGGUGUAUAAGAUAAGGAAAGUGUUGGUAAGAUACUUUUUUAAAAGGUAUAUUGCAAUUUUUGUUCACUUGUUAACAAAGCAGAGUCAAAUGUUCAAAGCAUCUGUUGUAUUUACCGUUAGGAGAUAUAACAGGUAUACACCUCUAUGACUUAAAAUGUAUUUAAAAUACAAAUGGGCAACUAACUCGUGGUACUAGAGGAGAUGGGAUAAGAAGAUCAACCGCCUCGCCUUGUGAUAGUCUCAAAACAACAGCUCAUUUCUUUUUUAUUACAAAUUUUAUUAAACUAAUUAGUGAUAAUUAUUUAUUUCUGUUAACAUAUAAAAGGGAAAUAAAACAUGCAGUAGUGAGAGAUAUGGCAGUGAUUUUGUAGUAUUUCUCAUUUAAUAAGUUUUUGUUUUUUUUAUAUUUGGUAUAUUUUGGUAGUGACGUUUUAUUUUGGGAGUGCUCUGUCCAUGUUUGACUUUGUUUUCUUUAUUUCUUCAAUUUAACUUUUCUAACAUGGUUUCAAAGGGCUCUAACUCUGUACUGACACUUUGAAAAAUUGACACUAUUUUAUCUUCAUAGAGAACACACUUUACAAGACUAACACAUAGGCUAGUGACAUGAGAAUUUCCUUGUAUAAUAUCCUUACUGUAAGAGCGUCAUGGGACUACAAAUAGAAGUGUGUUCUAAAUGAUCAAAAUCAAGAUGCAACCAAAUUGCUCUAAUUAAAUCUUUCAAAAAUGUUGAAACUUGUUCUGGCUGUUCUUCUCAGGGCACUUAUAAUAAAAAGAAAAUAAAACUUAUUUAUCUUAUCUUAUAUAAUAUAGACGUUACUUCAAAAAAGAAGAUGAUUACGUCCUACGCGUCAUGCAUUCAGUCAUGUAUGUUAACCAAUGACUUAAACUCUGACAAGUCACUUGUUUUCCCGGCUAGCUCAGACAACCCAUUCCAUGCUCUAAUAGCACAAGGGAAGAAGGAGUAUUUGUACACAUUUGUCCUAGCAUAUGGAACAAGGAAUGUGCCUUUAUCUUUGUGUCUUUCAGAGUAUUUUAUUAAAUUGUGUUUUUGUAUUUGAAGAUUAUAUUUCUUUUUACAUGUACUCAUUGAUCCUCGUGCGGGACACGCACAUUAGAACCAAUUGUAUGAUUACUUUUAGAGUUGUGGUUUUUUUUUUCACUAUAUAAAACCCGACAAUGAAUGCUUUAAAAUAUUUAUAUUUCCUAUUCAAUGCAAUAAACAAUGUUUUAGGAUUUCUGAUUUCUUUGAACAGUUUCUUGUGUACAAUCGACUCCAAGAAAGAUGUCAUAGAAAAACAAAUAGUUCAGAAUCACUUCUUUAAUUCAGCUUACUUCUGUGUAGCUCAAAUUAUUGUCAUGUCUAAUAAAUUUAUUGUUUAAGUAUACUUUAAAGGAUUGUAUUUUUCUGACUUUUGUGAUGGGUGAUAGAAAAGAAUAAGAUAAGGUUAGGUAGUUAAAAUAUUAUCGCAAUUUAAAAAAAUAAAAAUAUUCUUUAUGGCCAUCAUGUUUAAUCGUUGUUCUCUUUAGUUAAGGUUGCAAGACAGUGAACAAUC